CCGGUUCGAGUCGGCCCUGACCCUUGCUGUUUGCUGGUUUGCUGGGCUGCUCUUGGCUCUGCUCCCAUCAGCUCCACGUCGCCACGGCCAGGAUCUGCAUUCGCUCUGCUUCGCCGACCAUGGACCGCAACCAAGCCAUUGCCCAGUUUGUGUCUAUCAACGGCUGCACACCCGAAGUUGCCGAGUUCUACCUCGAUGCCAACCGCGAUGAUCUGAAUGCCGCCAUGCUGGCAUACCUCGAGAACCAGGACAACAAUCAGCACGCUGCUGCGACCGCCUCGUCGUCUUCGUCGGCCCCGAUUCCCCAGCCGGCUGCCUCUGCCUCUGCCUCUGCCCGAUCCUCUGGACAGGAAUUUUCGGCCAGCCAGAAAAAGUCUCGAUCGGGUCCAAGCUCCAAGUUGAGAACCUUUUCUGAUCUCAACCAGGACAGCAGCGAGGACGACGGCGAUCGUGACGAGCUCCAAAACUACUUUGCCGGGGGUGAAAAAUCUGGCGUCAUGAUGCAGGCUCCCUCGAAAAAAGCCAAUAGGGAAGGCGCCGAUUUGGUCGAAAACAUCCUAAAAAAGGCCCAAGAAGGCUCCGAGGCCAUUGCCGAGCGCGAGCCAACUCCCCCCGAGCAGAGGAGCUUCUUUGGCGGAGCAGGCCACCGGCUCGGAACCGAAGCAGAGCCGGCGCCUACCGCGGGUCCUUCCGGCCUCCCUCGCCGAGCCGGCACCCCGCCCCAGAACCCCGCAAUCAGCAUGAAGCCGGUUGAGCGCAAAAUCACCUUCUGGAAGGAUGGCUUCAGCAUUGACGAUGGAGAGCUCAAAUCCUACGAUGAUCCCGAGAACCAAGAGUUCCUGCGGGCGAUUCAAAGCGGUCGUGCCCCAACGUCAUUCCUCAACGUUGCUUACGGACAGCCCGUCGAGCUCCGUGUGGCCGAGCGCCGCUCCGAGAACUAUGCGCCUCCUCCCAAGAAGCCAACCCAAGCAUUCAGUGGCGCCGGCCAGAGACUUGGAGGCGUGAGUUCGUCAGCGUCGGGCGAGGGCUUCCUCCCUGGCGGCUUCCCAUCGGGGUCGGCGUCAGCAACUGCUGCAGCCGCCGGACCAGACCUGGUCGUGGACAACACUCAGCCCGUCACCAGCAUCCAGCUCCGGCUUGCGGAUGGAACACGCUUGGUGUCCAAGUUCAACCACACGCACACGGUCGGCGAUAUCCGCGCCUUCAUCAACCGAUCCCGGCCCGGCGAGGCUGCCCGCGGAUAUGUCUUGAUGACGACCUUCCCGAACAAGCAGCUGACGGACGCAAGCGCAACCCUGAAGGACGCUGGUCUGCUCAACGCCGUCAUUGUCCAGCGAUACGCUUAGCCCUCGGUGGAGGUGGCUUGGCCUUGCAUGACUCUGCUUUGCUUUGCUUUGCUUUGCUUGGGGGCGUGUCCCUGGCGGCCGGCUGCUGACAGACGAGCAACAGCUCCAUCCAAUACAGCGCUCCAGGGGGAGCAGCAGAUCACGGCCAAGAGCGGCUGUAUGAACCAA